GAAACUCAGUGUUGGUCAGUGUGACAGCAGAGCUGCAGCCCAGACGAGUCUGUGUGUUUCUGUCUGAAGAAACAUUAAAGUGAGUUCACCAGGUGUUUCCUCAACAACUGACUCAAAUACUGUGUGUAGAUAUGGCCGCUGUCAGCUGUCUACUGUCUGAAGAUCAGUUUCGGUGCUCCAUCUGUCUGGAUGUGUUCACUGAUCCUGUCAGCACACCAUGUGGACACAACUUCUGCAAAAACUGCAUCACUGCACACUGGAAUACUAACUACAAGUCCCAGUGUCCCCUGUGCAAAGAGCUGUUUGCAAAAAAACCUCAUCUGAAGGUCAACACUUUGUUCUCUGGGAUGGUCGCUCAGUUCAGACAGUCAACUCAACAGAAAGCCAGCAGCAGCAGCUCAAAGCAACAAGUGUCCAAACCAGGAAACGUUUCCUGUGACAUCUGCACUGGAACCAAACUGAAGGCCCUGAAGUCCUGCCUGGUGUGUCUGGUCUCCUACUGUGAGACUCACCUGGAGCCUCAUCUGACAGUGUCAGGCCUGAAAAGACAUCAGCUGAUCGACCCUGUGGAGAACCUGGAAGUCAGGAUGUGUACGAAGCACAAUAAACCCCUGGAGCUGUUCUGUAAGACCGACCAGAUGUGUGUCUGCACACACUGUCCGGCAUUAGAUCACAAGACACAUGAGUUUGUCCCUCUGAAAGAUGAAUAUGAAGAAAAGAAGAUCGAGCUGGGAAAGACAGAGGCUGAAAUUCAGCAGAUGAUCCAGAAGAGACGACUGAAGAUUCAAGAGAUCAAACAGUCGCUGAAGCGUGGUAAGGAAAAUGCGCAUAUGGAGGUAGCAGAAGGUGUUCAAGUCUUCACUGAUCUGAAGAAGACUGUUGAGAGAGGCCUGAAUGAGCUCAUCAAAACGAUAGAAGAGAAGCAGAAAAUGACACAGAAACAGGCCGAAGGCUUCAUCAAAGAGCUGGAACAGGAAAUCUCUGAGCUGACAAAGAGAAGGACUGAGGUGGAGCAGGUCUCACACUCUGAAGACCACCUUUAUCUUCUCCAAAGCUUCCCAUUCCUAAUAGCUGCUCCACCUACCAAAGACUGGACAGGGGUCAGUGUCCCACCACCAUCAUAUGAGGGGACUGUGGUGAGAGCUUUGGUUCAGCUGGAGGAGACACUCAGUGAACAGAUGAAGAAGCUGCUCGCUGAGGCUGAGCUGAAGAGGGUCCAGCAGUAUGCAGUGGAAGUGACUCUUGAUCCUGAUACAGCACACCCUGAACUCGUCCUGUCUCGUGAUGGAAAACAAGUGAAACACGGUGAUGUGAAGAAAAAUCUCCCAGACUACCCGAAAAGAUUUUCUCAUUAUAAUUUUGUUUUAGGAAGGCAGAGUUUCUCUUCAGGCAGAUUUUACUUUCAGGUUCAAGUUAAAGGAAAGCCUAAAUGGAAUUUAGGAGUGGCCAGAGAGUCGAUCUACAGGAAGGGACUGAUCAAAAUGACGCCUGAGGAAGGUUAUUGGACGAUAUGGUUGAGAAAUGGAAAUGAGUACAAGGCUUUUGCCAACCCUUCAGUCCGUCUCUCUCUGAAGUCUCGGCCUCAGAAGGUGGGGAUGUUUGUGGAUUAUGAGGAGGGUCUGGUCUCCUUUUAUGACGUAGAUACUGCAGCUCUUAUCUACUCCUUUACUGGCUGCUCCUUCACUGAGAAACUCUUCCCAUUCUUCAGUCCCUGUACCAAUGAUAGUGGCAAUAACGCCACCCCUCUGACCAUCUCUCCUGUCAAUCAAACCACCUGAUCUUUUCUGUAUGAUCAGCAUGAUCUAUUAUACAAAUGUUGUGUGGAUGAUGUGGAUGUUACUUGGCUGUGGGUAUAAUUCUUGUAAUAUCUAUAGUUUACAAGUGGGACCAAGUCAUUGUUUUACAAGUCACAAGUAAGUCUCAUGUCUUGGCAAUCAAGUCCCAAGUCAAGACUGAAGAGUUAACAAGUCUAGACUGACAAGUCCCACAUCAAGUCCUGAGUCCCCAACCUUGAGUUUCAAGUUCUUACGAAGUCAUAAUGUGCUUUUCACUAAAUGGAAUGCCAUUUUAACAACUGAGUAAGGGGCCGUACACAUGCCGUGUAUUUUGCACCCUCAAAUUCAUUGCUUUAAUGUAGACAUGAAGCAGGCGUGUUCAAACAUCAGAGCAACGCUGAUGCAGCACGUACGUGUGUCUAAGCGUCUAUUUUUCAGGGCACUAUGGCUGCACCUUGAGAUAGUUCAACUUUUGGAAGAGCGCACCGCAUGUCAUGUGACGAGAAAUAAUCAAUCACAGCCAACAGAUAUCUUUCCCUUCUUCCUUAAAUAUCAGUCUGUGAUAAAUGUGGAGAAGUUGAUCAUUUUACUGUAGAGCUACCCAGAGCUUUACAUCGGUCCCACAGACAACAGGCUAACACAUUUAUAAGCAGCGCCUGGACACCUGGAAGAAGAUCAGCUCUGCACUCACGAUUUCAGGUGAAUAAGCUGUGAUAACGGUGCUUGUUAAGGUUGCUUAGCAACCCCAGAUGCAACCUGCUGCCGCACUCUUGAAAACUGGCACAGAAAAGGCACAAAAGUAGCACCCAGUGCCUGACCUCGCGGUUUCCAGGUGGUUAAAGAUGCGGCAUGUGUAUGGCCCCUAAGGACUCAUUUAUGCUCAACAUUAGUUACCAGGAGAAAGAUGGACGAACUUUUGUACAUACUCUACGUUCAUUUCGUUCAUAUUCGUGCACGUUUUCUGAAAGCUUACAGAUACAUACGAAACAGAGAAGAACCAGUAGAGGCAGUGUGGCAUAGUUCAAGAUACAACCAUAAGAGUCGACUUAGAAAUUUAAGUAAUGGCAGAACGGAACAAAUCGUUAAUAAAGUGAAAAGAAUUCUCCAUCCACAUGUUGGUGUAUAUAUAAUGGCCGCACAGACCACCGUCAUCCAACAUGGCCUCUGUUUAAAGGUACAAUAUUACGAAUUCUUCCAUUGUCGCCUCGUUAUAGUUGUGUGAAACAUUUGACUCUGCCCUCUAUUGCCAUCUAUGGGCUGUAUCUAUACCAACAUAAAGGACACAUUAAAGGAUGAGGGUAGUGACAUUUAUGUUUAAAAUGGAUGUCUAUCUUCAUAUGUAAAGGAAGUAUAUAAUGUAACAAAGGCAUUAGCUUGCUACCUAGGAUAGUAUUAGCCUCACAGUCUUUGAGCAGCUUCAAAUACCAAACAAAGUUAGAAGUCUGUUAUUUUAAACCAGCAUGUUUUGCAGACUGUAAUUAAUUUUUUGUUCACUACCGCAAAAUUUUUGCACAAGAACAAAAUUACCGCUGGUAUAAUUUUUUUCCAACCGGUGCCUCGUUCUUAGCUCUUCGUGUUUCUCAUCUUCUACAUGAUUGAAUGCUGUCAGAUCAUUUGGGAAAUCAAGUGUGGACUCUCUGGGAAUGAAUAGUGUUAAUGUCAGUUGAUUGAGGAAAUGAAGGGACAUUAACUCAUUUGUGGCAGAUAAUUUAAAUAAAAAAAUAAUUAAAUCUUUGACCUUGGGGGAAGGUAUCAAGUGUUUUCAAGCCAAAAGGUUCAAGUCCAAGCGAAGUCCUGAGUCAUUGGUGAUGUAGUCAAAGUCGCGUUGCAAGUAUUUUUUGAUUUGGUCAAGUCAAAUCUAAAGUCAUUAAAUUUGUGACUCAAGUCUUAAUAAUAAUAAUGAUAAUAAUAAUAAUAAUAAUAGUCUUUAUUUAUAAAGAGAAACAGAAAAGAUAUAUGAAGUGCUUUAUAUGUCAACAGCUAAAACAGACAAGACAUGAAAACAACUUUUAAAAGAACUGGUACAUAAACUGUGCAAUGUAGCUAACGUAGCUAGCGUGCUACUUUUAGCUGAUCCCUGACAGCUAGAAACAAACGAUCCAUCAUCUGUUUAUGUAAACAAAAAACAUGUUUUCUUGUGGUGUCCUUUCUAAAAUAAGCAGUGGUGAGAGUUUCUAUAUUCUGUUCUGAUCAAGAAGUAAGACAGCGUUAGCUAGCUAGUUAAAAAGUUGUCUGUUACUUCUGCAUUAAAUUAUAUUAUAUGUGGACGUCUCCACAAAUAUUAACCAGGGACAAUAAGACAAAUCCAUGUUUGACAACUGUUAGUUUUUACACUUCCUUAUGAUGAUGAAUUAUUUUUCACCACAUCAGUAAUGCAGUUCAUGUAAACCAAACACACUCUCCUGAAUAUUGAGAUUACAAUUAACUGGAGACAAAACUUUAUUUUCUACUACGGCGUCCCGUUCUGUAUUCCUGUUCUGACAUCCAACAGCACAAGAGACAUUUUAAUUCCGGGUAUGUCGACUGUUUCUCUCCGAUGUCCGCUGUUUUUCUGACACCAGAAUGUGCACUGCUGCAACUGCUGUGAUGUAACUGUGACGUCCUCUCAAAAUUGGUCUGUAAGUUAACAACCAUGUGCCUUCACAACAAAUAAAAAAUAUUUUUAUAGAGAAUGAGCUGCUCGGUGUAAAUUCGUAUGAGGACAAUGCUUAUUUUUAAAAAGACUUGCCUGUAUAAGAUAUGUUUUUUCACCAUUUAUACUGUUUCACUUUUGGACCUUUGACUUUCUAUUUUGUAAUUAUUUUAUUUUUUGAUGUUUUAUGUUAAUCACUUUUGACGGCUGUUUGGCCUGUGUUUGAAUACCAUAAUUACCAGAUAACAGUGGUUAAAAAGGUUUCCUGACAUUUUGGUUUAAAUGUCCAGCUCUCUGUCAGCCUUGUUCCUAAAGACAGAAAAUGUUGAUAUAUAUGACUAAAACAGAUGCUGUAAAGUGAAUGAAAACAUAUUUUUGUGAUUAAUAAAACUGCAGUAAAAUACUGCAGAAGAAGAAA